UUUUUUUAAAAAAAAAAAAUAACUGUACUAUGAAAUUUGGUUCACAAUUACGGGAUGCUAUUUAUCCUGAAUGGCAACAAGCUUAUUUGGAUUAUGAUGGAUUGAAGAAAAAGUUACGAAAAGCUGAAAAGGAUACUCCAUUUUCUGAACGAGACGAAACUGAAUUUGUUGAACUCUUGGAUAAUAACUUGGAAAAGGUUUAUGCUUUCCAUAAAGAAAAAAUGGAAGAUAUUCGAACUAGAACAGAUCAUUGGGCAGAAACGAUAUCAAGUCAACUACCAAGUAAUGAUUCUGUAGAAGAAAUGGGUCGAAUUCAAGAGAAUAUCAAUGAUAUUGCGGAUGAUAUUAACCGAUUGGCUCGUUAUUCAAGAAUUAAUUAUACUGGAUUUCUGAAAAUAGUCAAGAAACAUGAUAGACAUACCGACUAUGUAUUACGACCCAUGUUUAUGGUGCGAUUGAAUCAAUGUCCCUUUUGGAAUGAAAAUAAUGACUCUUUACUACUCAAAUUAUCACAAUUAUUUGCCCAAGUCCGUCAAGGUGGUAGGACUAUGUCCUUCCAACAGCCUCCUAUCAAUCAUGUAUCUACAACUCAACAACAAUAUCAGCAGUUACAAUUAAAUGAAAUUACUUCCUCUUAUGAUCCACAUUCACAACAAUCAUCUGCUCGACGUACUGUUGUUAGACGUUUCUUUGUACAAGCUGAUAAUGUAUUGGAAUUAAAAACAUAUGUAUUACGCCAUCUCCCUGUCUUGGUUUAUCGUGAUAUCACUGGCAAGAAGGAUAACAUUGAUCCGCCUAUCUCGACUUUAUAUUUGGACAAUCCUGAUCUUGAUGCUUAUAAUUCUCGAGUAGAAUCUGCUCAAGGAUCUCAAAUCAUUCGACUUCGUUGGUACGGUAGUGCAAAACGUAAUAACUCAAUUGCCUUUGAGCGACGUACUUUGGCUGAAGAAAAUUGUGGUGAAUUGAAGGAUAGAUUUGUGAUCAAAGACAAAUACAUUAGUGAUUUUAUUCAAGGUGGUCAUGCUUAUGUGGAUAAAUAUUCUCAAAAAUUAAGAAAUACUGCUGGAAAAUCUGAACAAGAUGUACAACAUUUCCAAUCUUUGGUGAAUGAAGUUCAACAAACCAUUUUGAAACAAAAGAUGCAACCAGUACUUCGUACUUAUUAUAAGAGAACGGCUUUUCAAAUCCCUGGUGACAAGAGUGUUCGUAUGGCUUUGGAUACUGAUCUUUGUUUCCUUCGUGAAGAUACUGGAAUCUUUGAUAAAGUGAUACGACGACCUGAUGAUGCUUGGCGAAGACCUGAUGCAGAUAUUCAAUUUCCAUUUACCAAUAUCAAUGAAAAUGAUAUUAAUCGAUAUCCUUUUGCAACGUUUGAGAUCAAGAUGGAUUUAGCUCCUGGACAAAUUGAACCUGAAUGGGUGACUGAUUUACAAGAAAGUGGUAUUCUCGAAGAAGCAUUUGAUUUUAGCAAGUUUGUCCAUGGUAUUGCUGUAAUGUUUGAUACUCGAGUGGCACUCCUUCCUUACUGGCUUGCUCAAAUGGGUGAUGAUUUGCACAAUUUACCACAUCUUCCUUCUAUGGAUCAAAAGAAAAGCAGCAAAGGUAAAGGACGGGCAUCAUCAGCAGAAGAAGAUAAUAAUGAAGAAGAAUUAGAAGAAGACGCACAGACAACGACAGCUUUGACAGAUGAUACCAAUCCAAGCGAUGAACGUACAUCACUCUUACGACGACCUCAUCAUGCAUCUACCUCCUCCUAUACCACGUUCCCCAAAUUGACAGAACCUGAAUCUCACGAAGAACCAUCCUUAUCUUGGGCUCAACGAUGCAUGAAAGAUUUAACUUUGGUAGUACAACAUAUCUUCCUUGGACAAACUUCUCCUCGACGAUCCCAUGCUGCAUCACCUCCUGUGAUCCUUCCUCCUGGUGUCAAAGUUCCAAAAAAAGUGAUCACCCCUUUACGUGUGGAACCCAAGGUAUUUUUUGCCAAUGAACGUACGUAUUUCUCAUGGAUGUCCUUUGGUACUUUACUUGCAACUUUCUCGAUUGCCUUAUUCAAUGCAGGUGAUGCUGUGGGUAAGGUCAGUGGAAUUGUUUAUACUUUGGUAUCUUUAUCUACUUUAUUAUAUGGAAUGGGUUUAUAUUAUCGUCGUCGGGAACUGAUUCGUCAACGUGCUUCUGGUCCUUAUGAUGAUAUGACUGGUCCUACUGUUAUCUGUUUUGCCUUGUUAUUUGCUGUUGGUCUGAAUGCUUAUUUGAAAUUUGCUGUCAAAUCUCCUUCUUUACUUUAUCUUUGAACUUUGUUAUCUUUUUUAAUUAGUUUCUCUUUUUUUUACCUUCAAUUUGUUUAUCUGAUUUAUAUAUCGUUUUAUUGUUUCUUUGUAUCAAAAAUAAAAAUAAAAAUAAAAAUUAAAUAUCCAUUUU